AUGCCUCUUCUCUCUUCCCCCCCCCUGGUCGUCGGCAAGGCUACAAGGGCAGACAACGUGCUGCUUAGAUUCAGCGAGUCGUCCGGAAACUUCGAUACCCGAGCCCACGCUGACCUCAUCCUCGUCACCGUCGCCUUUGUGACCAAUGCUAGCACGCCUCCCACACGCGCUUCUCGCCAGAGCCUCGUGGAUCUUUUGGGGCCACGCGCUUAG